CCAUCCAGCCCCGGCCUCUGUUUCUUACCAGGUGCAGCGGUCAUGGCGAGGGCAGGAUAUCCAUGGAAGUGGACGAUGGCUACCCUGAUGGCGACCCUGGUUCUGGGGGUCUCAGAGCCUGUUCUAGCUGACAAUUUCUCCUCGUGUGACAACUCUGGCAACCGGCCCUCUGGGACUAACAGAGACCUCAGCAAGGAGUCCGAGUCAGGGGAGGACACGCGGUCAGAUAGCAGCUCUCGCAUUGUGAAUGGGUCAGACUGUGAAAAGGAUGCGGAGCCAUGGCAGGGGGCUCUGCUGCUGGGACCCAACAAGCUGUACUGUGGGGCGGUGCUGAUCAACCCACAGUGGCUUCUCACAGCAGCGCACUGUAGGAAGCCAGUGUUCAGAAUCCGUCUGGGCCACCAUUCCAUGUCGCCUGUCUACGAGUCUGGGCAGCAGAUGUUCCAGGGGAUUAAAUCCAUCCCCCACCCUGGUUACUCCCAUCCUGGCCACUCCAAUGACCUCAUGCUCAUCAAAAUGAACAGAAAAAUCCGUAACUCUCACUCAGUGAAGCCCAUCAAAAUUGCCUCUGAGUGUCCCGCCCAGGGGACCAGGUGCACAGUGUCUGGCUGGGGGACAACAAGCAGCAGCCACAAUAACUUCCCCAAAGUCCUCCAGUGCCUGAAUGUCACUGUGCUGAGUGAGGAGAGGUGUAAAAACUCCUACCCGGGACAGAUAGACAAGACCAUGUUCUGUGCUGGUGAUGAAGAGGGCAGGGACUCCUGUCAGGGUGAUUCCGGGGGACCUGUGGUCUGCAAUGGCCAGCUGCAGGGCCUUGUCUCCUGGGGUGAUUUCCCCUGUGCCCAGCGGAACAGGCCAGGUGUCUACACCAACCUGUGUAAGUUCUCUAAGUGGAUUGAGGACGUCAUCAAGUGCAACUCAUGAGCCACACCAGGACCCCUGGAGCCAGCCUCACCCCACUGCAAUGAGGAGCACUGGCUCGCUUUGAGGAUGCUGCCGAUAGCUGCCAGUCUCUCCAGGCCAAGCUCCUGGCAUCAAGAUCCUCAUCCCAAAUAGUGGACUGGCUCUGUAUCUACAGCCAGGUCCUAGGGACACUUCUGGAAUGACAAGGGUUGGGUUGAAACUCAUCAUCCUCAGUGUAUCCACCCACAAACCCAGAGUUGAGCCUUUUCUGCAGCCAUAACCACAUGUAGACCCGGAAAUAAAAGACAUGGGAAGAACC